AAUAAACCUUAGAAGAAGAAGAAAACCGAAUCCGCGCGCGCAGAUUCAGUCAUUUCUGACCUCCUUUGUAAACAACUCGUAUUCGCACUUAUACAAUGGCGCGGCAACUCGACCACGCUAGCCAUAAAGAUGACACGUACGUGGUUUCGGAGGGUUUAUCUGCGGCUGACAGCAGCAGUAAAGUGGAAGACGAUGGAGAAGGAGACAGCGACGCGCCUGCUAUCUUUCUGUGCGGAAAAUGCAGGCUGCCUUUCGGAGACUCGCUCUCAUGGGCCGGGAGCGACGACGAGCAGAAUCAGAUCCUGCUAAAGCGUGUUAACGACAACAUUGUGAUUGGAAAAGAACCUUUUGUCUCUGGCACAAGUGAAGAACUAAGAUGCCUUGCUGUGAAUCUCACCUGUCGUGGUUGCAGCUUCAACCUUGGAUAUAUGUACAUGUCCACUCCAAAGUCACUGGACUACAAGAGGUCCAUUUUCUGUCUCAUGGUUGAAAAUAUUGAGAGUUAUGUUUUAGGCUCUCCUGACCAGCAGGUGGCAGCAGUGGACAGAGAAGAAAGGCCUGUGACAUUAGAGUACAUGGACAAUGUUGAGCGACAGAUGACCAAGAUAAAAUCUCUUGCAGUGACAAUAGGACAGCGGCUCUUGGAGAUCGAGGUUGACCUCCAGUGCAAGUCUGGGACGGCUUAAUGAGAACUGCACUUAGCUUGGAGUUGUUCUUCAGGUGUUUGUCUUCUGUUCCUGCCACAAGGCUUACUACAGUUUACCAUGUUGUUUGCACUCAGAAACUCUGUUUGGUAAAAAUCUGGAAAGUCACAUGAUAUCACUAUCAAACCAAUAACACACACAAAAUUGUUAAUAAUAUGUUGUUUGCUGUUGUUGUUUAUCUCUUUCUAUGCUUUCUAUUUUCUAUUAUUUGCAUGAGGAUGUUUCAGAUAAGCUCAUAUUUUGUAAUCCUGUAUAUUAAGUAAAAAAUUGUUACUGAA